CGGCUCCAGGCCUGGCAAACAGCUGUUUAUCCACUGUUUAGCAUCACGAAUCCAUAGGUGUGUGUCGUCUACCAUCAGAUAGGAAAAACGACUAGAAAAAUGGCUACACUUUUGCAAAGAUUCGCCGUUGCUGCGGAAAAGUCUUUACAAUCCGGACGGAUCUUGCGUGCUACCACUGCGUAUGCUAAAGCAUCAUCGCCAUUCGAACAACGACGACACCUAAAUGUUCAUGAAUAUGUCAGCUAUACCCUGCUUCAACAAGAAGGAAUUGCAGUACCAAAAUUUGGGGUAGCAACAUCCAAAGAGGAGGCCCAGAAGAUAGUUGAAGAGCUUGAUUGCCUUGACAUGGUAGUUAAAGCCCAAGUAUUGACAGGUGGAAGAGGAAAAGGGUAUUUUAAAGGUGGUCUUAAAGGUGGAGUCAAAACUGUAUUCUCGCCUGAAGAAGCAGGAGAUAUAGCUUCAAAAAUGCUUGGUGACCUGCUCAUUACCAAGCAAACUGGCGAGAAGGGUAGGAUUUGCAACUCUGUAAUGGUUACUGAACGGAAGUAUCAGAGACGAGAAUACUAUUUCACUAUCAUGCUGGAACGUGCUUAUGGUGGGCCAGUACUCAUUGCAUCCACACAUGGUGGGAUGAAUAUUGAAGAAGUGGCCCAUGAAAAUCCUGAAGCUAUUAUCACUGAACCAGUUGACAUAAUUAAAGGACUUACCAAAGAGCAGGCCCUCUUAGUGGCUGAUAAAUUGGGUCUGAAUUCCAAACGGGAGGAAGCUGCGGAUAUGUUUAUUAAACUGUAUAACUUAUUCAUCAAAUACGAUGCUACGAUGAUUGAAAUCAAUCCUUUAGCUGAGGACCAAAACGGAAAACUGAUGUGCUUGGACGCUAAGAUGCGCUUUGACGAUAAUGCGGAUUUCAGACAGUCAAAAGUUUUCUCUUACCGGGAUUGGACCCAGGAAAAUCCACAGGAGGUUGAAGCUGCUAAGUUUAACCUUAAUUAUAUUGCUCUCGACGGUGACAUUGCUUGUCUUGUAAACGGCGCUGGGCUUGCUAUGGCUACUAUGGACAUUAUCAAAUUGCACGGUGGAGAGCCGGCCAAUUUUCUUGAUGUCGGAGGUGGCGCGACAUCGGCCCAAGUUAAAGAAGCUUUUAAAAUCAUUACGGCAGACCCCAAAGUUCAUGCAAUCUUAGUCAACAUUUUCGGAGGAAUCAUGCGCUGUGAUGUAAUCGCAGAAGGUAUCAUAAUUGCCGCCAACGAGUUAAAUCUUAAGACGCCAAUCAUUUGUCGGCUGCAGGGCACAAAUGUUGAUGAAGCCAAGGUUUUAAUUGCAAAUUCUGGACUAAAGAUCUUGCCCUGUGACAAUCUUGAUGAAGCAGCAAGGUUGGCUGUCAAACUAUCCAGCAUUGUUUCCCUAGCAAAAGCAGCAAGACUAGAUGUCAAUUUUGAAAUCCCUAUCUAAACAUUAUGGGAUCCAACUAGGUCAUCCGGUAGAAUGAAUUAUACUGUUGCUCUCAUUGCUCCCGUGAGGCGAGUGAUCAUGUAUGUAAAUUAAAGUACUGUUGUUUGACAUCGAUUAACUUGGAAUACAGCUUCCAGUACAGGAAAAUGAUGCUG